CAGACACGCGGUCAUGCUGCGGCAUUUAUACAUACUCUAUCCACGAAAAUUUUGUAGAAAAAAAGGGUCGGUUAUUGGUAGAUGUCAUUAAUUUAAACAAAGAUAGUGUACUGAAGUGUAGAAUUUUGUUCGUCAUUGAUAUUUUGCAUUUAGUGUAGUUAUUUCAAUCAUGUCAGUUGUAUCAUCUCGCAUCAGUAGUGUAUCAUCUAUACUUAAAGGCUCUGGAGUAAGAGCAUCAACCCUAUUAGCAUCUCAAAAGAAGAUAUGUUUCAAAUUGCCAGAUGACAUCACAUCAGUUAUCACAAAUUAUGAAAAUGGAAGUGAUCAUCAAACUUAUGGGGACAUGAUUUGUAUUCUUCGUGAUUCCAAUGUUAAGGAUUUAGAACUAGUAAAUCUUUUAAAAAGUCUUAAAGAGUGUGUACUUUUAAUGGGGCCUAAACACAAACUUUUGGUAGAAGUACUUCUAAAUCUAAACUGGACAUCCAGAUCUGCAGAAAUUAUAGAAAAUUUUGAAAGAUUUUUCAAAGAUUUGGUUUGUGUUCACAUUCUGCAUUUGCCUCUUGUCAUUGAAAAACUCGUCAAACAAUUCAAAAUUGUUGAUGAUGAAACUCCACUAUGGACAGAUGGAAAAUGUCCAGAAAGUUAUAAAAAUAGAAUGGAACAUGUUCAUAAUUUGAUUAAAUACAUCUUGAAAAUUAUACCAAUGUCAAAUAACCAACUUAUUGAAAGUCUCCGAAAUUUUUAUCCAUAUGUAUCUGAGGGUUUAGUUGUAACACAACAAUAUGUAUUUGCAUUAUUUCAAAUCAUAGAUUAUGCACCAUUUAUGAGGAAAGACAUAUUAUUCUUAAUCAUUAACAGAUUUGUACUUCUUGAUACCAGUGUAAAAUUAUCUGAGAUUCAAAAGUAUGAUGAUGAAAAUAAUGAAAAUGAUUAUAAUGAAAACUCUGAUGAAGAAAAUGAGGAAGUAUUCCAAAUGGAUGAAUCAAUGGGAGAAUCAAAUACCAAAUGUUCUAAUUAUUCAGAAAUGAAUUAUCCAGGUGCAAAAAUGUUGGAUAUGUGUAUGGAACAAUUACUUGCCUAUGUCUACGACUGUUGUCACAUUGAUGGACAAGUACAUGUAGAUUCAUUAAGAAGCAUUUACAAUGAUUUGAUACAUGCAUUUGAAAAAAUAAUAUUGCCAACAGAUAAAAGUUCUCAUAUACAGUUUGUGAUGUUCUACUUUUGUAGUUUUAAACCAGCAGUUGCAGAAACAUUUACUAAAUGGCUUUGGGAAAUAGUUUCAAAUCCUAGCAAAGCUCCGAUCAUCAGACAAAUUGCAGUAUCUUACAUUUCUAGUCUCUUAGCUAGAGCUAAAUUCAUACCAGUUGUGGUUAUCCAAAAUACUCUUGUUGAAAUGUCUGCGUGGAUUCAUAGCUAUAUCAGCUCUCAAGAGAUGAGUCUGGAAUGUGUUAAUAGUGAUGUAAGAGUUCACACUGUAUUUUAUUCAGUUUGUCAAGCUAUGUUCUAUCUUUUAGCUUUCAGACACAAAGACAUAAUUGACACAAAGAAAAGUCUAUUGAUUUUACAAGGUCUUAAUUUAAAUAAAAUCGUCAAUUGUAAAUUAAACCCAUUAAAAUUUUGUCAGACAGCUGUAAUCCAAAAUUUUGCCGCUGUCACACGUAAUUAUCAGUUAGCUUACUGUUACCCAAUCAUUGAAAGAAAUUCUCGAAGCAAUUUACCAAUAAUUCAUACAACGACACAUUUCGUAAAUUGGCUUGAUAUGUUCUUCCCGUUCGAUCCGUAUUUACUCACAAUCAGUGGUCAGAGAAUAGAACCGUUUUACAACUUCAGUUCUAAUGCACUACAUAAUAUUGCAGAAUCUACAAGUGAUAAAGAAAAAAUAGAAGAAGAAGACGAUUUCAUGGAAGAUAGCUUUAUAACGAACGAUGUCGAAGCCAACCGCACGCUCGAGCAAAGUUCGUAUGGCACGUCACCAGGCUUUAUGUAUUAGUUGGUAUAAAAAUUAGG